AUGUCUCCAUCAGCACUCCGUGACACAUUGACCGCAGUUCCGAUCGACCUUGGAUCGAGCAACGAAUUGGGACGAUUCAUCGACAUCAUCGUCCAUGCAUUCAGUACGACACCACUCACAACGGGAUUCAUCGUCAACCAUGACUCAACACCGCCACCAUAUCCAUCUCCGUUGAUCGACUCGGCCCGCCGUCACAAGCAUUUCGCACAAGGAAUCAUCGACAGUGCCGCAUCAGGCGCAGAGAUAGUCCAAGCUGGCGAUUGGUCCGCCGUUGCUCUCUGGGAGGCGCCCGAUUACAAAGGCAAGCCAUUCAUCGACUCCAAAGCAAAACCCGGCCCACUGUUGAGUGAAUGGAGGACCAAAGUCAUGGAAGCCAAGAAAAGGUACCUAGCAUCUCCAUCCGAUCCCAAUGAGAUUCGGCCUUUCUACCACUUUUCAUUUCUCGCACGCAAUACCGCAGUUCCCAAGGUCCCGGGAUCCAUCGCUGCCGUAAUCGAGCCCUAUCUCCAACGCGCGAGAGAUGAAAAUGCCCCUGCGUGGGUGGAAGCAACCACCAAGCAGGCCGCGGAUAUCUAUGCUUUUUACGGAUUCCGACUGGUAGAGACCAUCACGAUUGGCAACGGUCAGGUUGAUGCGGCGGGUUGGCCGUCUGAGGGUGGCGAGGGUAUCACAGCGUAUGCUUUGAUUUACGACGCACACCUCAAAGAUUGA